AUGGAUUCUACACUGAACCUUACUAUUUCAUCUGAGAUUUCUAAUCCCAAAGAAGAAGAGAAAGUGAGCCAAACUGCUACAUAUUACAGACCAAAUGCAUCUAUGAAACUCUUAAAUGUUGGAGAAAAUUUGUUAGAGCCAGGAUUCACAGAACUUUGGUUUAAGAAGGAGAGUUUUACCAUUGUUCCUGACAACAAGGAUCUGCCUGUUGAGUAUGAAGAUAUUCUCAGUGUCCCUAGCUCUUAGAAAGGAGAACUCACAUCCAUACUUGCUUUAUCAAUGGAGUCAUACACCAAGUUUGAUAAUACAAAAGUUGCAUCUAGAAAGGAGAGAGAGUUUUGGACACAUUCAUCAAAGUUGAUGGUAAUUAUUUCAAUCUCAUUUCAAUAAGAUUCAAUGAUUGUGGUAAAGUCAGGACUAAGGACUCAGAUUAAGAAUUUAGCCAAAGCCAAAGGUCCAUCAACAGACAAAGUCCGACAGAAAGUUCUUGAGCUAAUCAAAGGAAGGAGAGUUAUUGGCUAUCACAUCUAUUUGAAACUCAAUGAUUUUGGAAUCUGGUCAGAUAUGCUUUGCGAAGAAUAUGAAAGAUUUGGAAAGCCAAUUGAUUGCUCAGUAAUGUUCAAUCACACAGAAGCCAAGAUUUGCAUGGCUUUAUUCAAGAAAUGGCAAGUCCGCCAAGAGUAAGCUGCUCUGCUAAGAGAAAGUAGACUAAAUGAACAAGAGUUUGGAUAUCCACUUCGAGAGAUCAGUCUAAAUGUUGACCAGGAAGUACCAUUGAGAGUUUAGCAUUGUUCCUAAAAAAAUUCCAUUUAAACGGCUAACAUGGAUUUUAAUUUCUACUCUGAUAGUUGCAGCGAAACUGUAAAGCUUAAUAAAGAAGAAAUUUCCAAGGAUGUUUAGGAGAAAAAUGUAAGCUGUGAGAACCAUUUAGCACAGAUAUAGAGCAAAGACAGGACUUUGCAAAGUGUGAAUCAUCUAGUUAUUGAUAGUCAGGAUUAGCCAAAUGGCCAUUCUGCUGAAAAUUCAGGAGCUGUGAUAGUCACAGGUGCCUAACUCAAGUCAUUGAUAAGGGACCAAGUCGACGAAUACCUUAGAUUAAAAUUGAAAUCAUUGCUUGAGAAAGUCUCUCUUUGA